CAUCUCUAUAUUGUAUAAGGUAAUUUUUAUUUCAGAAGGCGAACGAAAGUAAUACGUAAAUUAUGUCGUUCGUUUUGAACAAUGCAAUUCGCCGCCAAAUUGGCGCUACUGCCGCCAGGAACAUGUCCGGCACAGCCGCCGUGGCUGGAGAGCACUCAGGUGGCUAUAAGGUGUGGAAGCGUCUGUCCUUCUUCGUGGCCGUGCCAGCUGUUGGCCUGUGCAUGCUGAACGCCUACUUGAAGCACCAGGAAGAGCACGAUCAUCCUCGCCAAGAGUUCGUCAAGUACGAUUACCUGCGUCGCCGUGAGAAGCGUUUCCCCUGGGGCGAGGGCAACAAGAGUCUGUUUCACAACCCCCAUGCCAACCCCCUGCCCGAUGGUUAUGAGGAAUAAGCAAAUUCCAAAGCUCGUUGGCUAAAUAACACUCUAUGUAUUUAACAUAAUGUAAGCUGAAUUCAAUGUGGAAAUACACGCAAAACCAAAACAAACUUCACUGAAUAAAAGAGUGACAAAUAUGUUAUUCAA